CCUAACCCUGCCUCCCCAUCCCUUCGGGAUGGUCCCGCCCUGAACCCAUCCCCCCCAUCCCUGUGGGGUGGUCUGGCCCUAACCUCCUCCCCCCAUCCCCGCCUCUCACCUGCGCAGUGGGCCGCUCAGCGCGUGGCGCAUAGUGUCUGCUGAAGGCCUGGCAGCGGUCGACUGAGACUGCGAUGGCGGCAGCGGCAAGCCAGGGUCGGGAGCAGGACUGUGUGCGCUUCGUCUACGUGACGCGCUUCGGCCCACACCAGUGUGGUGGUGUCCUGCAGCUGGGUGGCCGCCGAACCCGAGGCCUUUGGGGUCGGGAGUCCGGGGCUGGUCGUCUCCAGGAGAAGCCAACAGAAGCAACAGCGGUGCCUGGCGUCCCAGGUGGCGGCGAGCUGCCCUCAGGUUCCAGGCCCAGGGUCCCCGCGGCCCCUGGUGUGGCGGUUGCGGCCUCUGCCACUUCCUCCUCCUCCCAGCUGCGGACAUCGAGCGGGCGGAGCAGCACCAGGCCUGUGGCGCGUGCAGGUUUAAUCCAGAAGGAUGCAACCAGAAAGUUUGAUUUUCCCCUACCAUUGAAUGAAGAGUCCAAAAUAAUGAAGAAAAAGAAAAAGGUUUUAGUAUGGAAUAGAGUACACAAAGUCAUUUCAAGAAUGCUUGAAGAAAAUGAAAAAUACAGACACAGGCUGAAAUGUCAAAGAUUAUCCAGUGAAAGUAAGUUAACACAGUUUUUAUUGUAUUAAAGAAAGUAGCCUCUGUAACAGUUCAGUUAUCCUGGGAUUGAAUGAGAUCAGCAGUUUUCUUAAUGGUCACAUGUAAUAUAUACUAUAUAAAUGAGGCUACCAUAUUGUCACUAUUCAUCAUAUUAGAAGUACAGAGCACCUACAAGCAGUGAGUGCAGAGGAGAUCACAGGUAUAGGAGUCAGUGGAGGAGUGUAGAAGGUGCAUGUUGACUGGAAUUUACUGAGUAAAGGGAACAUACUUUUCUGUUAAAUGUGAAUCUUAAUGCCAAUUAAAAAAUACAAAUUACAAAGCUCAUCAGUAUUGAUGAAGAAAAACAUUUUAACUACAAUAUGGAAUUACACAUUGUGUCACUUCAUGUAGUCAUUUCCUUUCCAUGGAGGCUACAGUCCCACUUAAUGCAUUUUACAAAAUCUGCACUUGAUUUAUGGGCUUGAUGUCAUUAUUUCAUUCUUGGAAAAUAGCUCAUGAAUUAAACCUAUGUUCUAAAGCUGCAUCAAUAUUGAGUUGAUAUUGUGGUUAGAGCGAAAUUAGAUGUAGUCUAGUAUGUUUAUUAAAAUAA